AUGGACAUAGGCUCUUCUCAGACAGAUUGGAACUCUAACGAUGAGUUUUUUAAAUUCACGCGUGGCCGCUUUAUUGUUGAUGAGGUAGAGAACCUUCGGAAGCGAGAGAUCAGAUUUGACAUGAAUAGCCUCGCAAGAGUCGCAGCAGAAUCGGUGGGAGCUGCUAGAUGCAUCUCUAUCAAGAAGUAUCCUGACGGCAUGUUCAACAAAGCGUUCCUCAUGUCCAUGGACGAUGGCCGAGAAGUUAUAGCCAAGGUUCCCAACCCGAAUGCUGGCGUUCCACACUUUACUACUGCCAGUGAAGUUGCCACAAUGGAUUUCGCUAGGAAAAUCCUUAACACAGCAGCGCCUCGUGUACACAUGUGGAACUCGCGAGCUAAAACGCAUCCUGUCGGGGCUGAAUUUAUUAUCAUGGAUAAAAUUGAAGGUGUUCCUCUGUCCCAAGUUUGGGGCACAAUGAAACUACCGCAAAAGCUUCAAGUGCUUCUUGCUAUGACUCGCCUCCAGAAACAAUGGCUGAGCGUUUCGUUCUCUCAUUACGGCAGUUUAUAUUACACGGAAGACGUGCAGCCACUACGAGGAAACCACUUCGUUAAGGAUGGCAAGGCUGUAAGAGAUUCAAAGUUUGCUAUUGGCCCGGCUACAGGCCGGGAUUGGUGUGACGCAGGCCGAUCAAAUUUGGACGUCGAGAAAGGGCCAUGGACUUCUCUAACACAGUAUCUGCAAGCAGUCGGGACGCGAGAGGUAAAGGCAAUCCAGUCUCUAGAACCUCCGAAAUCGACCGCCUUGUUCUGUGGGCCAAAGCUCUACCGACCAGACAGGGAAAAGAAACUUACUGCUUUAGCAUGGUACCGACAAGUCAUUGAUGCCCUUAUUCCAAAGGAUACCGCAAUUACCAGACCCUGCCUCUGGCAUAAUGAUUUGCAUGAUGACAACGUCUUUGUAGACCCGCAUAAUCCCGAAAAAAUUACGGGUAUUAUUGACUGGCAGUCUUGUCACAUCUCGCCCCUCUUUAACCAUAACCCCGAUCCAGCCUUCCUUGAUUGGGGUGGCCUUGAGCCUGAGACGCUUGAUUUGGCGCCACGGCCGAAUCUUUCCGGGCUUUCGCCUGAAGAACAGUCCACGGCUGUACAUGAGUAUACCAUUCAAAACGUGUUUAUUGGAUGGCGGAAACUUAUGCAUGCCAAAAACCCAGACCUAUACAAAGUAGUCGAAUUUCGGAAGACGGCAGCUUACGGGCUGAUAUUUCUUGCCCACCGAAUGUUUGAAUACGGCGAGGCGCACUUCCAAUCGCUUCUGGUUGACCUGCAAGACACGUGGACGGAUUUACCUACCAUUACCAGCGACACACCAUUCCCGUUCGACUUUUCAGAAGCAGAUUUUGAGCGUAUUAAACAGGAUAGCGAUGGUGCAGUGGCAGGAACUGAUCUUGUUGCGGAGGUCAAGGAGAAAUUGGGCGAUUUGUGGCCGGACAAAGGCUUUAUCGAGCGGGAGCGAUAUGAAGAGUGCAAAGCUGCCCUCCACGAAGUGAAAGACCUGAUAUUGGAGCAAUUGGCUGAAACUGACGAGGAAAAGGCUGAGUACGAGCGCUGUUGGCCGUUUGACUGA